AUGAAAAAUCAUCGCACAGCUAUCCCCUGUCUGGCUCAUAAUCACUCUUACGACCUCGGGCUCAUUCUGAAAGAAAUGCAAGUUAACACAAAAAUCAAAAUUCUUACGAAGCAAGGGCUUCGAUAUCACUCUGUGGAACUAAACAACCUGAAAUUCCUCGAUAGCUUAGCUUUUAUGAACGCAAGCCUAAGCUCUCUCGCCAAAACUCAUAUUGAAAGCAGCCGCUCACUCAGGUAUUCCAAGCAUAUCUUACGUCAUUUGCCAGACGAAGCUCAGUCGCUGCUUCUAACGGGAAAGGGUGAGACGGUUACGGAGGAGGAGUAUGCUCAUGCACUAAAAGUCUGGAAUGCAGCCGGGUGUCGUACUUUAGGUGAUUAUUUAGAGUGCUACCUGAGGACUGAUGUGGGUUUGCUAGCCGAUGUGAUUACAGAGUGGAGGUCUAUGCUUGCUGAAAAGUACGAUCUGGAUAUAGUUAACUAUGUCAGUCUUCCCGGAUAUGCAUACGAUGCAUUCCUAAAAAUGACAAAAACAAACCUUGAGCUUAUAUCCGAUCCAGAAUUAGCCCGCAAAAUUGAGCAAUCUGUGAGAGGGGGACUGACAACAUGUGUUCGCCCUCUCACGGUAGCAAAGAACUCCCUUGUUAAUCCGCACCAUGACCCACAAAAGGAAAGUAGCACCUACAUACUUUACCUUGAUUUCAACAGCUUGUAUGCCACGGUAAUGUCUGAGAAAUUACCAUACGGCAAUAUCCGGAAAUUACCGCCCCGUGAAAAGUCCGAGUUCAUUGCAUCGGGGUUAACCAACCACGACGAAAGCGGUGAUGUUGGGCACUGGGUAGUGGCUGAUCUCAGAGUUCCACCCGAAGUUGCGAGGAAGACAGACGACUUGCCCCUCCUCAUUCAUCACAUGAACAUAAGAAAUCAGGACAUUUCCCCUUAUAACAAACAACUUCUAGCAUCGCAGAACAGGCGUUUACCACGCAAAAACCAAAAGCUUGUGGCUUCACAUCUUCCGCAGAAGGACCACCUCAUUUUACUGAAACAUUUGCAGCUUUUAAUUGACUUGGGGGUGGAGGUGGAGCGAGUAAGCGAUGUGUACGAAUUCUCCCAACGUGAAUUUUUAUCGCCUUUUAUUCACGAAAAUAUUAAGGCGCGCAGGGAAGCCACCGAUAAAGCACAACAGUUGUGCUUCAAGACGCUUUCAAACAGUGUCUUUGGGCGGUGUUUAAUGAACCCUCUAAAAAGACUAGAACGUGCUAGCAUGUAUGUUGGAUUUACCAUCUUGGAGCUGGCUAAAUUGAAAUUGUAUAACUUUUAUUAUAAAGUUUUAAAGACUCAUUACGGAGAUCGUGUGCAGCUCUGUUACUCCGACACCGACAGCUAUAUCCUCUCUGUGGAGACAGAUGACAUUUAUAAAGAAUUGUCCUUAUCUCCUUUGAAAGAGUGGAUAGACACUUCUAAUUUUAGCCAUGACCAUCCAUUAUACAACCAGUCUGUCAAGGGCAAACUUGGAUUAUUAAAAUCUGAAACAGGGGAGAUUCCGAUAAAAGAGGCAAUUUGCCUAAAGCCCAAGACUUAUUCCUUGCUCCUAAAUAGCGAUCAAACAUCCGCGGGUGCAAAGGGAAUUUGUCGGGCUGAGAAGAGGAGGCUAAAACACGACAAUUUCCGUCGCAUUCUUCAUGAAAAAGAAGUGCAUUUCUUUAAACAGGUGAGCAUUACCAACGUUGGAGGUCAAAUGAUGACCACGCAAAUGAAAAAGCGCGGGCUGUCAUUAUACGAUGAUAAACGUUGUACUCCAUACUCCUGUUUUAAGGAGAACUUGCUGGAUCUCUUUGCUCACCCCGCAAGAAUAAUAAUUGCAGGAGUCACUAAUUCGGGAAAGACGCAUCUCGCCACAAAAAUUGUUGUGCACUAUCAGAAACAGUUUGAUUGUAUAAUUAGAGAUCUCGGACAGUUAGAAUGCCUCGGUAGGCAGUUAUAUGGCAAGAGUGAAGCCAAGCGGUUUUUGGAGUUAUAUAAAAAGGUUGUUCUCUCGAAAUCUCGCGGUUAUUUACUCAUAGACCUCGGUUGUGAAACUCCAGAUAAACUGCAGUUUCGCAGUAAUAUCCUCUGUGAAUAUUUUCCACAUCAGCUUGUCUACCAAUGGUGA